CUUCUGGGCGGGUGAGCAAGUGCGGCGGCGGCGGCGGCCGGGUCGGCCGCGGUGUUCUGUGGGAUAGUGGUGGAUAGAGGCUCUCCUCGGUGCGGAGCGCUAGGGCCGGGCAGGAGCGGGGCAUGAAGAUGGCGGACGCCAAGCAGAAGCGGAACGAGCAGCUGAAGCGCUGGAUCGGCUCCGAGACCGACCUGGAGCCGCCCGUGGUCAAGCGCAAAAAGACCAAGGUGAAGUUCGAUGACGGCGCCGUCUUCCUGGCUGCCUGCUCCAGCGGGGACACGGACGAGGUGCUGCGGCUGCUGGAGCGGGGCGCCGACAUCAACUACGCCAAUGUGGACGGGCUCACCGCCUUGCACCAGGCUUGCAUAGAUGAUAACAUAGAUAUGGUGAAAUUUCUGGUGGAAAAUGGAGCAAAUAUUAACCAACCAGAUAAUGAAGGCUGGAUACCUCUACAUGCAGCUUCUUCCUGUGGAUACCUUGAUAUAGCAGAGUAUUUAAUUAGUCAAGGAGCACAUGUAGGAGCUGUUAAUAGUGAAGGAGACACUCCAUUAGAUAUUGCCGAGGAAGAGGCAAUGGAAGAGCUGCUUCAAAAUGAAGUAAAUAGACAAGGGGUUGAUAUAGAGGCAGCUCGAAAAGAAGAAGAAAGAAUAAUGCUUAGAGAUGCAAGACAGUGGCUUAACAGUGGCCGUAUAAAUGAUGUCAGGCAUGCAAAAUCUGGUGGUACAGCACUUCAUGUAGCUGCUGCUAAAGGGUAUACAGAAGUUUUAAAGCUUUUAAUACAGGCUGGCUAUGAUGUAAAUAUUAAAGAUUAUGAUGGCUGGACACCACUUCAUGCUGCUGCUCAUUGGGGUAAAGAAGAAGCAUGUCGAAUUUUAGUGGAAAACCUGUGUGAUAUGGAGACUGUCAACAAAGUGGGUCAGACAGCAUUUGAUGUAGCAGAUGAAGAUAUUCUAGGAUAUUUAGAAGAAUUACAAAAGAAGCAAAAUCUGCUUCAUAGUGAAAAAUGGGAAAAGAAAUCUCCCUUAAUUGAAUCUACAGCCAACAUGGAAAAUAAUCAGUCUCAAAAGCCAUUUAAAAAUAAAGAAACUUUGAUUAUUGAGCAAGAAAAGAUUGCAUCUAAUAUUGAGUCUCUCGAGCAAGAGAAAGUGGAUGAAGAAGAGGAGGGAAAGAAGGAUGAAUCUAGUUGCUCUAGUGAAGAGGAUGAGGAAGAAGAUUCAGAAUCUGAAGCAGAAACGGACAAAACCAAACCCUUGGCAUCUGUAACUAAUAAUGCAAAUAACAUUAGUACACAACCAGCUUCUGUAGCUGUGACAACAUCUUUGAUAAGCACUGGUCAAGUGACACCUACAUCACCCAUUAAGAAGUAUGAUUUCAUUCCUCCUGUAAUGCCUGUGGCGGAGUCAGUAGAUCCUGCAUCAUGGAGGCAGGGCUUGCGCAAAACUGGCAUUGUUCUUGUGCCCAGUAAAGGUGAAAAGUCUAUGUUUCCAACUUCAACAACGAAGGUUUCUUCCAAAGAGGAAGAGAGAAAAGAUGAAUCUCCUGCCUCGUGGAGGUUAGGUCUUCGAAAAACUGGCAGCUAUGGGGCACUUGCAGAGAUUACAGCUUCCAAAGAAGCUCAGAAAGAGAAGGACUCUACAGGUGUUAUGCGUUCCGCUUCAAGCCCAAGACUUUCUUCUUCGUUAGACAACAAAGAAAAGGAGAAGGAUAAUAAAGGAACUAGACUUGCAUAUGUUGCACCUACAAUACCAAGACGACUGGCCAGUACAUCUGACAUUGAUGAGAAAGAAAACAGGGACUCAUCUGCCAGUUCAAUACGUAGUAGUGGUUCUUACACAAGACGAAAAUGGGAGGAAGAUGUCAAGAAAAACAGCUUGAACGAAGGACCUACAUCACUAAAUACAAGUUAUCAAAAAAGUGGCUCCUUUGGUAAAAGACAAGAUGACUUGAUUAGUUCUCAUGUUCCAAGUACUACGUCAGCACCAACAAUUACCUCUUCAGCUGGUAUUCAGAAAAACUUGCUUUCCAGCACAAACACCACUACAAAGAUUACAACGGGUUCUACUUCAGCAGGUGUACAAAGCAGUACCUCAAAUCGUUUGUGGGCUGAUGAUAGUACUGAGAGAGAAAAAGACAGUGUUCCUACAGCAGUGACCGUUCCUGUUGCACCAUCUGUUGUAAAUGCUACAGCUACUACCACAACCAUGACUACAACUACUUCUGGCACUGUGUCCUCAACGUCAGAGGUCAGGGAGAGACGGAGAUCAUACCUCACUCCUGUUCGGGAUGAAGAGUCCGAGUCCCAAAGAAAAGCUAGAUCCAGGCAAGCAAGACAGUCCAGAAGAUCCACACAGGGGGUAACUUUGACUGAUCUUCAAGAAGCUGAAAAAACUAUAGGAAGAAGUCGUCCUACACGAACCAGAGAACAAGAAAGUGAAGAAAAAGAGAAGGAGGAGAAGGAAAAGCAAGACAAAGAAAAACAGGAAGAAAAGAAGGAAUCAGAAACGAAAGAUGAUGACUACAGACAAAAAUAUUCCAGAACUCUUGAGGAGCCUUACCAUCGCUAUAGGCCAGUUUCAACUACAACUACAACUACUUCAACAUCCUCUUCACUUUCCACCUCCACUAGUUCCCUUUCUACUUCAAGUCAGCUAAACAGACCAAACAGCCUUAUAGGUAUAACUUCUGCUUAUCCAAGGAGUGGAACGAAAGAAAAUGAGAGAGAAGGCCGGAAAAAAGAAGAAGAAAAGGAAGAAGAUAAAUCACAGACAAAAUCAAUAAGAGAGAGGCGGCGACCAAGAGAAAAACGAAGAUCUACAGGCGUUUCCUUUUGGACUCAAGAUAGUGAUGAAAAUGAACAGGAACAUCAGUCUGAUUCAGAAGAAGGAACAAAUAAGAAAGAAACUCAGAGUGAUAGCAUGUCAAGAUAUGAUGCAGGAUCCAUCAGCUCAUCAUCAGGUGACCGUUAUGAUUCAGUGCUCGGGCGGUCUGGGUCUCUCAGUUACUUUGAAGACCGAAAACCAUAUUGCAGUAGGCUAGAAAAAGAAGAUGCAACUGACUUUAAAAAGCUUUAUGAACAGAUUCUAGCUGAAAAUGAAAAGCUGAAAGCACAGUUACAUGAUACCAACAUGGAGCUGACCGAUCUUAAACUACAGUUGGAAAAGGCCACUCAGAGACAAGAGAGAUUUGCUGAUAGGUCACUCUUGGAAAUGGAAAAAAGGGAACGAAGAGCUCUAGAAAGAAGGAUAUCUGAAAUGGAAGAGGAACUUAAAAUGCUACCAGACUUGAAGGCAGACAACCAGAGGCUAAAAGAUGAAAAUGGGGCCUUGAUCAGAGUUAUAAGCAAACUUUCCAAAUAAAAAAGUUUACCACAGCAGCAAAAUGAUAUUGCACAUAUCUAGUAACUCCAGUGGACCAUGGUGUGGCAGUCAUUGGAAGCUUGGAAGAUUCCUUGGAGACUGUCCUUUUCAGAUAUCCUGCCAAAUGCUCUCUUACCUGUGUUCUCUUUAUCAGGAUCAUUGUUUCAUGUUAAAGUGCAGCUGCUGAGAAGAUAAAAUGACUGAGAAAUCUUGUUUACAGCUACAGCAUAUAAGGAAAGUGUUCAAGGCCAGAUAUGCCUCAGAUCUUUAACCAGUAAGCCUUAGUUGUACAUAAACACUUUUGCAUCAACGAAAGCUUUCAGCUCCCACAGAAGACAGUUACUCAUGUUGUGCCACAGUUCGUAGUUUUUCUAUAUUCAGUUUUUUCUUUACAUCUAAGUUUGGAUUUGUGUGUUCCCUUUUAAUUAUUCAUGUAUCAUUUUUUUUCUUGUACAGUGUUUUCACAGCUUUAUCAUUUGCGGAGACCACACAAUCUUUAAAAUCUUUGUUGCUAACUAGAGCUGUAUUGUCCAACCACCUGGAACAGAGAUGUUUGGUGGAACAUUUGCUUUCACUGUUUGUGCAAUAUGCAUUUAUUUUCUAUACAAGAUGCUUUAAAGUCAGUUGAAGCUAGAAUUAUUUUGAGUCCUGUUUUUCUGCCUUUAUUGGUCACUUUAAAAAAACAAAAAAAAAAGUUUGUAGUGAAACAUGUUAGAUCCUGUAAUCUUCACAUUCAUUUUAGCAGGUACUGUGUGAUGCUGUAUAUAUGUGUACUGUUUUGAUUUUUCAGACCACCACGUGGCAUGCUUGAAUAUACUUCCCUAUUGCAAAUGUCUGUUAAUGCAAAUUAGGCUACUCCAGAAUAGUGUGUUUAACAAAGUUCAUUAAUUUUUAUAGUUAAUGAAUUUACACAUUGUACAUUGUACGGAGCCCUAUAUUGACAAAAGGUUUGAAUUAUACUUUUAUUACAUUGUUCCUCCCAUGUUUUCAUUUGAUAGUGUUCACCAUAAUAAAAGUUGCAUAAAUAUAACUGCUUCACUACAUUUCACAAACCUGUAUUUAUCUGAGUGCUGUCCAAAACUGUUGUGCUAGCCAAAGUAACGUUACUAAAUCAUUUGAAAAACUUAAUCCAGUACACUCACAAUGUUUAUAUGCACUGUUAUUGCCAUGUGAAAAGGCAUCUGAGUUGAUACCACCACCAUGUUCAGACCAUUUUAUACAUUUCAGUGGCCUUUUUUUAAAAAAGUACUGAAGUGAAGAUUGCUUUUGUUGGAAACAGCUAUUUUUAUUCACUAAACUAUACAAGAUGGCAUCUUAUUGGCACAUAGUCUUGCCUAAUACCACUGAACAGUUCAGCCAUUAAAAUAAAUUGUACAUUGUAAAGCUUGUAGUAGCUAUUGUAUUAUUGGUUAUCGUACACUAUAUUAAAUGUGAAUUUGUACCCCUUCAUUUAAAAAAAGGUCAUUGUGUUCUACUGCCUACUUCUUGGAAAUGGGUGGUUUUGUUUUAUUGGGGCGGGGAGUUUUUUGUUUCAUUUUAGGGUUUUUUGAAGGGGGAUUUUGUUUUUGUUUUUUUGAAGGGGGAUUUUGUUGUUUUGAAAAGGGAACAUGUUCUCUUUCUGUUGAUUGGUUUUUUGAAGAUGUAAGGUUAUGCUCUUACUACCAAGCUCAGGAUUCUUGAUUUUUAAAGGUACAAGGAUAGUUUUUGAGAUCUUGUUAUAAUUGAUCUGUAUGUGAGGUCUGAAUAUAAGGAACUUCCAUUGUCCUACUCUACAUAAAGGCAGAGAAGUAAUCCAUUUGAAUGGUUGCAACAUGUUCACUUCUGUUAGGAGACAGUUAAGCAUAUUCUGGAUUAUACUUGGUAAAGUUUGGGUGCCUGUGAAUGAGUAAAUACGUGUUUCUAAUAUUUUAGUGUUUUAUAUUUAGGUUAUUUAUUCUUUAUCUAAAAACCGAAUGGCUACUGUGCUGUAUUGAUUUUAUUGGUAGUACUGAGCAGACCUUGUAUCUGCAUGAAACUAGUUGCAAAACCCACUAUUUUGGAAAAAAUGUAUUUUGACAGACAAAUAAAACGAAUAAAAACUAUUUUAAAUGUGUGAAAGUUUUACUGAGAACAUUUUAAACCAUGUUAUGGGUUUAGUAUUUAAAUUCAUCAGUGGGCAUUUUUUUUCAUUCAUUGCUUUACUUGGAUGCAAAGUUCAAGUGCUUUUCAAAGAUUGUAAUCAAAUUGUGAUUAUUUGCACAUCAUUGUACAUGCACAUCUGUAAAUGCAACAGUAAAAUGCCAUAUUUAUGCAAUCUGUAACAACUUGGACAAAUGUUUAUAUAUUUUACAUAAACCUGUCUGUAUGCAGAACUUAA